UAGGAAUGUGAGUACAGCAAGUCUUAAGUUUAAAUACUGGAGAAGCACAUUCAGCAGAGGGCGCUGUUGCCUUCACGUCCCCUCGGUCCGCUCUCCACGAAGAGUCUUGAACGCAUCUCCGGCUUUUCGUCGACUGCGGCCCGGAGCACGGCGGCGGUUUCCCGGGCAACCGAGGAGCGACAACAAACCGGAGAAGUGGAAGUUAACAGCAACAACAACGACGACUCGGACUACGACUACACACCAAGUCAACGAGAUGCUUCGUUUGGUAAAUUGUCCGUCGGUUACGCGUUGGUUCCCAACAUGUUGAAAAGCAACAAAAAAUAAGUAGAAAAGGUAAGGAAGAGGAAAAACGAGCCGAACGUGUUGAUGUCUGAAUGAAGUUAGGCUGAAACAAACGUGGAAGGAGAAGACGUACAAAAUGAUGAUGAUCAAAGGAUCGAGGGCCCAUGUGACCUGUGAUCUCCCGGAAAGAACCGAGAGCACGAAGGUGUCUUCAGACCUGCCGAGGCAGGGAUCUGCGGCUGAGGGAGAACUGAUGGAGAACUGAGGGAUAACUGAUGGAGAACUGAGGGAGAACUGAUGGAGAACUGAUGGAGACCUGAUGGAGAACUGAUGGAGAACUGAGGGAGACCUGAUGGAGACCUGAUGGAGAACUGAGGGAGACCUGAUGGAGAACUGAGGGAGACCUGAGGGAGAACUGAGGGAGACCGCUGCGAUGUCCUGGGACGGACCGAGAGAAGUCCAACAUUGGUCAACACUUGUGUUAACAUGACCUGGCACAACACUGGCUCGGCCAGACACAAGCCAUGCAGCAGUGGAGUUAUCAUGAGUAUUGAGGAUUAGCUGGAUAAUAACUUCAUUUGGGCUCCAUGAAUUAUAUAUAUAUAUAAUUAUGGUAUAAUAUUGGUAUAAUGCAGUAGUCGGUUGGCACUCUGCUCACUUAGUGGCACACAAAUCCCUUGGUUUUGAUGUAAAAAAUAAGUGAAAUAAGAAGAAGAAGAAGAAAACAUUUUCAAGAUCAGUUUCCAUCUUGCAUCUCCUCCAGUUGUGAACAUCCCGCCACAUACACACUCACAUUAAAGUUGACGAGACCAUGAGCGAGGUGUUUGUGCGCGUUGCGGUCCGCAUCCGGCCCCUGCUUCCCAGAGAAGUCCUCCACAACCACCAGGUGUGUGCGCGGGUGGUGCCGGGCUCGGCGCAGGUGAUGCUCGGCCCGGACCGACUCUUCUCCUUCGACCACGCGUUUGGACCGUCGGCCAGCCAGGAUGAUGUGUACGAGUCCUGCGUCCAGCCGCUGGUCGAGUCCCUGGUCGACGGGUUCAAUGCCACGGUUUUCUGCUACGGACAAACCGGAUCAGGGAAGACAUACACACUUGGAGGGGGAAAUCUGGAUGAGGAGGGAGGAAUUAUUGACCGGCUGGCCCAGGAUGUGUUCUUGUUGUUGGAGGAGAAGAUGAAGAACAGUGAUGGUCUGGAGGUCACAGUGCGGGUCUCAUACAUGGAGCUGUACAAGGAGGAACUGCGAGACCUGCUGGACCUGCACUCCAAUCACAAAGAGCUUCACAUCAGAGAGGACGACAAGGGAAACACGGUGGUGGUAGGAGCCAAAGAACUGGUCGUCACCUCAGUAGAGGAGCUCCUCAGCGUUCUAGAGACGGGUAAUGCUCUGCGGCAAACUGGCACCACAGGGAUGAACGAGCACUCCAGUCGCUCUCACGCCAUCCUCACCCUUCAAGUCAUCCAAUGUUGCCACAACAACAACAACCACUCCUCCUUAAAGUCUGCCCGCUCCUCUAAACUCUGUCUGGUCGACCUGGCAGGUUCGGAGCGCGCUGGAAAAACUGGCAACACCGGGGCACGGCUCAAAGAGUCUGUUCACAUCAACGCAGGCCUGCUCGCACUGGGCAAUGUUAUCCGUGCCCUGUCUGACCCUGCUCGAAAUCGCCGUGGUAACAGCUGCAACAGUGCGUACAUACCGUACCGUGAUGCCAAGAUCACCCGUCUCCUCCGUGAUUCACUUGGAGGCUCUGCCCAUACAUUGAUGGUGGCGUGUGUGAGCCCCUCUCACCACAGUGUCGCUGAGACGCUGGGUGUUCUGCAUUUUGCAACCAAGGCUCGUCACAUUCGCAACUGUCCCGCAGCAACAUCUACUCCCCCAGAGGGUAAAUCAUGUCCUACAGCCUGGGACCCUGGCGAGGCUCGACUCGGGGAGCUGGAGUAUGAAGUACAGACGCUGAGAGAGCUGCUGAAAAAGAAGGAGAGAGAGACAGAGAUGCAGAGGGAGAGGACAGGUGGAGGAGCUGUAGAGGGGGAGAGCUUUACACAGUCAAGUCAGAUGAAGAGAUCUGAGCCCGAGCAGAAGAGGAACCAGUACCGCCUACUAACACUGGAGGCUUCAGCUCUGCUUACCGAUAUCUCUGGCCCAUCUCCAAGUCAUUCCUUCAGGCAGCGACUGCAGGAUUGGCAGAAUAGACUGACAGUUGUCACCAACACACAUCAAAUCGAUGAGGAGGACGGUUCAGAGGAGGAUGGAGACCAGCCUGUUGCAAUAUCAAAGCUCAGAGAAGAGCUCAACAGAUGCCAGGAGGCUCUAAACAUAGAGAAGCUGCUAUUGGAACAGAAAGACGCAGAACUGAGAAAGGUACAAAAAGAUGUUAGAAAACUUCUUCAAGAAACCAAAACCCACCUCCAAGCCUUAGAGGAAGAGAAGGAACGUAGUCGCCUACAGACUGAACAACUGGUGGAUCAGCAGAUUCUAAUCGAUCGUCUUCGCAGUGACAUCAUGACCUUUCGGGGUGCAACCUCCAGGGCAGCAGUGGAAGCAGUGGCUUCUGGGAACUCAGGCAAAAGGCCCCACAGCGUCCCUCUGAUCGGACACAGCUGUGAUCGCGGGCCUCCGAGGAAGAUUCACUCCAGUCCUCCAGCCUAUUCCCUGGAGAGGGUGAUGGCAGCCUUUAAGAUGCGUGGACAUCUCCUUCUGGCUGAGCUUGAGGAAAAGGAUGAGGUAUACUGUCCAUUCAUAAAACAACAGGCAGAGAGCAAAGACCUGGGUCAAGAGAAGGAGGAGGAAGAGGAGGACGAAGGUGUGGCAUUUAGGUGUUCUUUAAACCGAACAUGGACCAGCCAGCAGAAGAAUGGGAAUCCAUUAGUACCUCAACGAGCCACAGACACCAAGGAAACCCAGGCUCAACAAAGCCACUUGAGGAAGGGCAGACUAAGAGCCAGUGUUACCCACAGAAGGAUCCGAGAUAUGUCCGUCAUCAUGGGCAUGGAAGAGGAGCUCAUCCAGGAGCUUGACAAAACUGACAAGGAGAUCCAAGCAGUAAACAGCCACAGCAGGCAGAGUCACGAUGGCAGAGAAGCUGGACUAUUGGCAAAACUUUCCAUGCAGAGCCAGCAAGUCCGAACAGAGGUGCGUCGCAGCCUUCAACACAUGAGACUGCAGAGAGAACAGCUUCAGACCAACCUCAGGCAGCUUCGACAGACUGGUGACAACAACGAAGAACUUGGCCAAACUGGGGACCAAAGAGAAGGAGAAUCGACUGUGUGGGAGAGCAAUAACCACGAAGAGUCAAAGGAAAAGCCGCAGGGCAGCAGUUGGCUGGAGCAGCAGGAGGAGCAGGUGCUUCAGAAGCGAGCGGAGCAGCAGGAGCUGCAGGAGGAGCUGCGGAGGAGAGAGGAGGUGGUCCUGCGCAGGGAGGCCUGUCUGCAGCAGAAAAACAAACUGGAGAUCAAGAAGCUACGCUCCAGUCAGGCUCUGAGUCGGGACCUGCAGCGUGUGUCCGUGCAGUUGGAGACUGUGGAGCAGCACCUGCAGAGCGGCAGCAACGCAAGACUGACUGGAGGAGUAACCAAGGAGGAACUGGAGAAGGAGAGAGACACGCUGAAAAAGAGGAGAGACGCUCUGGAGGCGCAGCUGGAGGAAAAUAGAGUUCUUAGUGUGGAGGAGGGGCAUUCCCUGCUCCAGCUGGAGGAAGCUAUUGAAGCUCUGGAUGCAGCUCUGGAGUUUAAAAACCACUUCAUUCGGGACAAACAGAAGAUGUUGUUCAUCACUGACUCCUCUUCGUAUUCGUCACAAAGCACUGAACCGGCUCAACUCUGUGAUGUCAUAAGGAAGCUGAAGGAGCUCUCACCACCCGAGGCUUCGGAGCUGCUCGUCAAAUAUUUCAACAAGGUUGUUUGUCUUCGUGAGACAGAGCGCCAUUUGCAUUUGCGUUGUAAAGAGCUGGAGCUUCAUGUUGGAGAGCAAGAGGGGGUACUGAGGGAGAUGGAGGACUCCGUGCAGCGCUUGGUCCUGGAUGCAGACCGCAGGUUCACCCAGCAGCACAAAAAUCACCAGAUCAACAUCCUGCAACUCCUGCAGAAGCUUCAAGAGGGGGGUUCAGGAGAGCCACAGCAAGCUAUCCAAGACCGUCUGCAGAAUCUGGAGAAAGAACUGUUCUUCUACAAAAGCUCAAGCCGACAGCUCAAGAAGAAGCUCAAAGAGCUUUUCAGUGGCGCCCUACACCCUGACGAUCGGCCGUCGUUGCACAAACAGGAGCAAAGACAAACACACAGUAUGCAGAUACACGUAAGCACCAACAAAUCCCAGACAGUCACUGAAAAGGCACAAACAAAGACAGUUAUUACACCAACAUACACAACAAUAUACGCCGAGCAAACAGACCAAUGGACAGAGGAUUCUCAUAUGAAUAGACAUGUACACGUAACCCCAUAUCCCUCCUUAUCCUCUGACCUUCAAGCACACAAAAAUACCAAAAUGCCUGAAUACAACCAGAAACAAAUACAAACACAGUCAGAUGGGAGAAAAGAAAGAGCUGCUGGUGAAUGUGGGGAUGGGUUAGAGAUGACAGUUCGAGUGUGUCGCCGAGAGCUGAGACAGAUUUCUCCGGCUUACCUGCAGUUAUCUGGUUCUGCCACUAGGAGGCGACGGUUCGUCGUGGAUACCAGCACUGAAUCAAUACUAGAGGACUCCGUAGAAGUGGCCAGACCAAAAGACAACUCUACAACCUUCUGAUUAUCAUUUCUGUAGUCAUAAUACAAUAGCUUACCUUGUGGUCAUCGCCAUCUCCACCCACUAAACAGAUUCCACUACUUAUACUACUUCUCGCUGUUAGUGAAAAAUAAAAACAUGAGAGAAAAUCUGUUAAUGUUAAUUGUUGUUAAAUAUUAUCAAAUAGACUAUUGCGUUUUCUUGCCUUUUAAUAAACAGCACUGUUUAGCACUUAAAAUGGCCGGUAGAUACAGUAUAUUUUCUGCACGUAAGACAGUAAUGUGUUGUUUUUAAUGCACUUGAUUUUUUGUAUACAUUUUUUCUAUCUUUGUGCACAAUGUAUGAUUAGCUACACUGUAUGUAUGUUUAUUGCUGUGUAAAUUAUAUUGUAUGUGGAUGACUAUUAUUAGAGUAAAAAUGAUUAAACUUGCUAAAAUGCAAAGCAAAGAUUUGA